UUAGCACAUGUUAUAGGACAACGAUGGAAUAGUUUGACUACUUAAAGUUAGAUAACGAUUUAUAAAUACCUUUAGAGUGAUUAUUGCAUACAACCAAAAACGUUACUGCGGAUAUGACAGUGUUUACAAAGAAUUCAUCACAGGUUGCCGCACUACCAAAUUGGAGCUGGUGUUUCUUGUCGAUGGGUCCAGUAGUGUUUCAAGAGAAGAUUUUCUCCUUGUAAAGCAAUGGGUCCAUAACAUGACCCUCAACUUUGACAUUUCAAGAGACACCACACGUGUGGCGGUGGUACAGUACAGCUCCUACCCACGCACUGAGUUUGACCUUGACACUUAUUCAAGCGCUGUUGGUGUUCUGCGAGGAAUUGAUCUUAUUCAGUACAUGUCAGGUAACACACAGACGGGACUUGCCCUGCGUUAUGCCAUCGAGAGCGUCUUUAGCAGAGCCAGGGAGGAUUCUGCCAAAGUUGCAAUUGUUUUGAGCGACGGCCGGAGUCAGGAUCAGGUUAACGAAGCCGCCACAUCUCUGCGAUCAUCGGGCAUCGCCACAUUCGCAGUUGGAAUUGGUGACGAAAUGUCACAUGAACGAAUGGAGGAACUGCGUCAAAUAUCUGUUGCUGCGGCAGAAGAUCAGAGCAGCGUAUUCAUGGCGAAGGAUUUUCGUUCGAUCGGGCAACUACAAGAACGACUUGUGUCCGCGGUGUGUGAACAAACUGUACAAGAAUGCCCAACAUCGAAACACGACCUUGCGUUUGUGAUAGAUGCCUCUUCAACUAUAGGAUACAACGACUUUAUGAAGGUUAAAGCAUGGAUCAAAAAAAUAGUGAAGGCGUUUGACGUUGGGCCAGAAGAGACACGUGUUGCAGUUGUACAAUACAGCACCUCAGUACAAGAAGAAUUCAAUUUUGGACAUUUGUUAUCAAAACAGCAAGUACUGGAUGCGAUAGAUAACAUGGAUUAUAUUAUGGGCGACACACACACCGGUGCAGCUCUGACAUACAUGCUGGAUGAAAUUUAUUCUUCUGCAAACGGAGAUCGUCCAGAUGUACCUGACUUGGCAAUCGUAAUGACAGAUGGUAAAGCACAAGAACCUGAUCUGGUUGUAGAGGCUGCCAACCGUGUGCAUGAGGCUGGAGUAACAGUGUACACAGUGGGGGUGGCAGAUUACAGUUUGGAAGAAAUCAAAGUCAUUGCUUCGGACCCGGACAAGAAUUACGUCAUCGAGGCUCUCAAUUUUGACAUCAUUGAACUGAAACGACGCGGCCUCAUAAAGAGUAUUUGCACCGACGCCGAACAAACGUGUCCAGCAGCGACUGCAGAACUGGUUUUCUUGAUCGACGGUUCGACCUCAAUUGGCUUCGACAACUUUGAGAAAUUGAAGCGCUGGCUCAAAAGCAUAGUCGAUGCAUUUCAGGUUGGCCCGCAUUACACAAGGGUAGCAGUAGUUCAGUUCACCAACAGGCCGGUGCUUGAAUUUGGCUUGAACGAUCAUUCCACAACCCAAGCGACCUUGCAAGCAAUCCAAAGAAUACGUUAUCGUCGUGGAUCUACAAGCACAGGACGGGCAAUAGAGUUUGUUAUGAAUGAGGUCUUCACGCACUCCAGGGAAAAUGUGCCGAAAAUUCUCAUAGCUUUGACCGACGGCCAGUCCCAAGAUGACGUCACCCAGGCAACCGCGUCUGCAGCAGAGGCCGGUGUACAUACUCUCGUGUUCGGUAUUGGUAACACAAGACCAGGCCAGCUUCGUCAGUUGGUCUCAAAGGAAGAUCAUGUAUUUCAAGCAGCCGGGUUUGAUGUCAUACAGAAAAUGCAAAGCAAACUUGUGUCGUUGAUUUGCGUCAAGGCUGAACCAGAAUGUUCGAGUCAGGAAAUUGAUCUUCAUUUUAUGGUUGAUGGUUCGGGUAGUAUCGGAAACGAAAACUUCCGAAAAGUAAAGGCCUGGAUCAAGAAUGUGGUUCGGUCGUUCGACGUGGGAAAAUACACGACAAGAGUUGCGCUAACCCAAUACACGUCGACCAUAAACACCGAAUUCGACUUCAAAAAGUUUUCGACAAAGCGAGAGAUCGAUUAUGCGAUCGACCAAAUGGAGUUUGCUGGUGGAGCGACUUUAACGGCCCAGGCUCUUGUUCAUAUCAGAGAAAACGGGUUCACUGAGGAAUCUGGCGCCAGACCCGGAGCGCCAAAAGUUCUGGUAGUUAUUUCAGACGGACGUUCAGCGGAUAAUAUUGAAACGCCAGCACGAAAACUUCACGAGAGCGGCGUCUACGUUUUUGCGAUCGGUGUGGGCAAUACGUGGAGAUCUGCCCUUGAAAUAAUUGGCUCUGAACCUGUUGUGACGCACGUACAAGAGGGUGCAAGUUACGACGCAAUCAACAACUUUAGAAGGGACUUGGUACGGAAUAUCUGCCGUGAGACCAAGCCAGAAUGCGCGGAAACAGAAAUGGACCUCAUUUUCCUUAUUGAUGGCUCUAAUUCUAUCGGACCUAGAGAGUUUGAAACCACGAAGGAGUGGAUUGGUUCCUUUGUGAGGGAAUUUGAGAUCGGAGAAUAUAAUACCAAGAUAGGCGUGGUUCAGUAUUCUUCAAGGGUCCGCUCAGAAAUCGAUAUUGGAGAUUAUGAUAGCAAGGCAGAUCUUCUGGCUGCCAUAUCAAGCAUUGAGUUUGCUGCAGGAAACACUAACACAGGAUCAGCAUUGGAAUAUGUUCGAACAGUUGGAUUUUCAGGGAGACAUGGCGCCAGAAAUGGUGUUCCAAAGGUGCUCAUUGUACUUACCGAUGGAAAUGCUCAAGAUGGUGUUCUAGAUGCUGCAAGUAAACUACAUAGGGAUGGGGUUGCUGUGUACGCUAUAGGUGUUGGGCGUCCCAACAUGGGGCAACUGAACGCGGUAACAUCUGAACCAAUCACAUCGCCCAAUAUUUACCAUGUGAGGAAUUUUGAUGCAAUUCAAACUAUACAAAGUGGUCUUCUGCGUAGAGUUUGUAAUAAAGUGGUUCCAGACUGCGCACGUACUGCUACUGACCUCAUGUUUUUGGUUGACGGGUCAACCUCUGUCGGCCAUGAAAGUUGGGGAAUCAUAAAAUCGUUUAUGCAGAACAUGACACAAAAGUUUCAAAUAGGACCUGAUGCAGUACGUGUUGGCAUGAUACAAUAUUCCACCAGACCUAAGACUAACAUAGCUAUUGGCCAAUAUAAUGACAAGGAAUCUUUACAAGAAGCAUUUGGACAAGUGGAAUGGCAGCUUGGAGACACAUACACUGCUAGAGCUUUGAGGUAUGUUUCAAAGAGCUAUGCAAGAGCCACAACAAGGGAAAACCUGCACGCAACUAAACUGUUGAUUAUUAUAACUGAUGGACAACCCCAGGAUCGAAACGAAGUUAAACAGGCUGUGCGUAAUCUACAUUCUGAAGGUUGGAGAAUAUUUGCAAUUGGAGUCGGUCAGUCUGAUAUUUCAGAACUUGGAAUCUUAGCUUCAAACCCUGACUCUGACCAUGUAUUCUAUGCAAACAACUUCAAUUCCACGCGAAUCUUUCAAGGCAGACUUUCCCGUCUAAUUUGCGGAGAUCCCAGCUUUGAAUCAAAACCAAACAGGAAUGAAAACCAAAAUUCUCAAAACCCUUCCAGAACCCCUGACUCGAGCACCAAUAGAAACCGAAACAGUCGAAUUCCAUCUGGUAUCCCCGGUUCAAACAGCAAUCGCAACCAAAAUGGUCCCAACCAAUCUCGUAACAACCAAAACCAACGUACCAAUGCUGGUAUCUCACACACCAACACUGGUUCGACCAGAAAUGGUGGCAAUAACAUUGGAGAUCGUACUCGCCUCGCCAAUGUUCAAAAUUCUUUGUCGACUUUACUUUCUUCAGGGCAGCAGUCCAACCAACCAAAUGCUCCUGCUCCUUUAAUUGCAAGACCAGAUGGUCAUAACAGAAUCAGUUUACGCUCUCCCAAAAUUCGUCGAAACAAUCGAAGGUCUGACAGCAAUCUAUUCAUUCCCUCCCUUGGCCCUGUAGCUGCUACAUUAAGGACUCCACCAGGUGUAAUUGUUACUGGUAGUGCUUCUACAUGCCCCAGUAUGCGAAGAGAUGGAAAGAAAAGUAAUGGUGUAGAUGUGUUAGACGGUAUGGGUCUAAGUCGAAUUCCAUCUUCAUCCAGAAGAAGCAGAAGACGACACGGAACUCACUCCACAGCACAAGUUGUUCGAAUUCGAAAAGGACAAGUUCCACCUAAACCAAUGCAGUCAUUACUACCAAAUGGUCUUCCACUCGAGUUUUCUCUAAUAGCUAUUUUCCGAAUGCAUGGUCGAACUAUUAAAGACACCUGGAGUUUACUUCACGUUGCUGAUUCAACCCACAACAUUAUGUUUUCACUCUCUUUCAAUGGAAUUAAUCGAUCAUUAUUUGUCUCCCGCUACUCAUUUGCCUCACGCACCAGACUACAAACCGUAGCAUUGAGUGGUCCUCUCGUCGCAUCUUUAUUUGACAGAUCCUUUCACAAAUUGGAACUUCUGGUUGAACAAAACAAGAUAACUGUAAUGAUUGACUGCCAGCAAGCUCCAACCGCCAUGAGGUUCAAUUCAACCAUGCCUAACUUAGAAGACACCAAAAUCUCAAUCCUUGGCUCAGGUAAAACAACCAGUACUGUCGAUGUACAAGAUUUGACUUUGAAAUGUGGAGACAAUGAUGCAGAGGAGUGCUGUGAGAUGGAUGGACUAAAGUGCUCUCGUGUGCAAGCCAACAGGAUCUCUACCAGAGACACAUGUGGAUGUCUGCCUGAAAGAAAAUCUGCAGAGGUAAGAGCAGCUGAAGAAGCUGAAAUAACUAGAUUGGCCACCAAGAUUGCAAAUCAAAUUGUAGAAGCCAAGAUCAACAACUUGAUGGUGCUGUUGGAUAUUAACCCAGGAGCCAUUGGUAGAGGUGGGGGUGAUGCAAUGGUUCAACUAUCUCGAAGGGCGGCUUCAACUCCAGCACCAGAUCGCAGCGUAUAAGAAGACUUGCCCAAACUCUUACCACUUCAUAUCAUCCAUUUUAAAUCUUUAUUAUUAUUACUUUGUUAUAUGCCUAUUAUCAAGUAAAACUAACAGUAUUUCAAUGAGUGGUUAUAUCAUAUAUCUUCCUUUAUUCAGCAUCUUUAACUGUGUAUAUGUGUCCUUAACAUAAUUUCGAUUUUGUUGUGUUUUUAACAUGCACAUUGCAAGCUGCUAGCUUCACAAAAGAAAACGCAUAAAAUGUUUUAAAACCUUUUAAAGGUAUUUUUGUAACUGCAGUUAUAUGGAUGUCUGUUAAAAGUGUCAUUUCACUGCCCGGUGUACGUUGUAUUGCAGUGUUUUUGUUUUCCUAUUUUCCUGUUUCUUUUGUAUAUCUUAUAUCUUCUUUAUUAUAUCUUCCUCACUCAUAGUCGCACCAUUAGCUAUGUACACGUAGUAGAUGCACAUUUUAAAUUAUCUAUUCUACUGUAUUAAUAAAAUUUGUAGUGAAAAA